AUGUCAGGAGAGACCAUCCCAGGCGAGUGGCUCGUCACCCUCAAGCCCUAUGCCAACGAGUCCAUCGACUCUGAGCACACCUCCCUCCUGAGCACUCGCACUGCCGACCCGGACACGCACUUCAACUGCGAUGUGCAGUGCCACUUUGCCCUGCCCGAGCUGCGCGGCUACAGCGCAAAGUUCGACGACGCCACGCGCGCCGAGGUCGAGGCCCUACCCGAGGUCCAGGCCGUCGAGCCGCUGCAGGUAUACCGCCACUGCGCCGCCGCCGGCGCGACGGCCGUGCAGUCCAACGCGCCCUGGGGCCUGGCGCGCAUCUCGCAGCGGGGCCGCGUGUCGCCCGCGGGACCGUGGGAGUACAAGUACGACGCCAACGCCGGCGCCGGCACCGUGGCGUACAUCCUCGACACGGGCAUACGCGACACGCACGACGAGUUCGAGGGGCGGGCGUCCAAGGGCCCGACGUUCUCGCAGGGGCGGCCGGCGAGCGACGAGGACGCGACGGGCACGGCACCACGUCGCCGGCACCAUCGGCGGCAAGACCCCGGCGCGACGAAUGCCGACAUUAUCCGGGCGCUCGAGUGGGUCGUGGACCAGGUCAAGUCGCACGGCAAGCCUUCGGUCGUCAACAUGAGCCUUGGCGGCGGCGCCUCGGCGGCGCUUGAUGCGGCCGUGGCUUCGACUGUCAGGGCUGGCAUCGUGGUUGUUGUCGCCGCUGGCAACGACGGCCGACCUUCUGAUCGCGGGUCACCAGCUCGGGAGCCCCUGGCCAUUACCGUUGGAGCGUCCGACGUCGAGGAUGCUGGGGCGAGUUUCACGAGCUGGGGCAAGAUUGUCGACAUCUUCGCGCCUGGCGUGGAUAUCAAGUCUUCGUGGAACACUGGCGAUGAUGCCGUAGAAUCUCUCAACGGGACAUCGAUGGCGUCGCCUCACGUUGCUGGCGCCGUCUGUUACCUCUUGAGCCAGAAGAGAGUGGAACCCCUGCUUGUGAUGCCCCAGCUGCUGGGCUGGGCGGACAAGAACAAACUGACAGGGCUCAAAGACCGGACCAUUGACGCGCUGCUCGUAGUGUCAGACAAUUAA